AUGGACUCCGCGAGGACUCCGCGAGUAUGGGGAAGAGGAGAGGGGCCCCGGGAUGUGCGCGUUAGUGCGUUCCUCCGUCCAGAUAGGAUUUUGGUGUACUGCGGAUUGUACACGGACUCUCCUCUCACACGGCUCUGUGUGCGAUGUCCCAUUCACAUCGGAAAAUUGGCGGUUUGGCAUCGGAGAUUGGCGGCCAGGGUGGCAAGCAGUGGAGGUUCACUAUCGGGCUAUCGGGGGCGCGGUGGUGUGGUGCUUAUGUCGCAGUGCAAAGGGGAGGCUGUUAUAAGUCGCGGACAGGAGCGCACCCUUGCAGAAGAGGGUAACGGAUGCGGGAGACGGAUAUUCUGGCUGCUGCAUUUGAUAAUACUAUGGUUGUUUGCAUCAGUCUCAGCACAGACAGGACUUCCGUGCUGGGCAUCCAACACGGCGGAGUUUGUGUCCGUUUUGGCCAAUAGCUCGUGUUCAACCAUCCUAAUCAGUGGGAAAGGAUUCAAGAUGGAUCAAGCGGUGCUUGUAUCCCUGGUCGCCGACCUUCCCGAGCGCCGCGAGCCCUGUGCUUGGGUUAAUACCAAAGAAGAAACCUUGGUGGACGUGAAGCUAUACCGCAACAUCACCAUACGCGGGGAGCUGAGUUACACCAUGUUGGACGUGGCAUUUCUAAAACGCCGCAUCGGCAUAGAAGACAACAUCGCAGUGACGUUGGAGCGCCUUUUCAUCCCCAACAGCCGCCAACCCUCAGCCACCAGCUACGGCAGCUUGGACAUUUUUUCCAUGAAACCAAAUUCAGCCGUCAUCAUGCGGGACGUCGUGCUCGUGUACGCUCUAUGCGUCCCUCUCAAAAUCGCCGCCAACUACACCAUCAUGGUGGAGCGACCUCCAGGGUUUCCGGGAAAACAGCUGGCCUACAUUGCCGGCCCCGUUUGCUUCCCGGAUGUUGAUUUCAGUCCCAAGUGCUGGUCGGAUUCCAUGGUGCUUGUGAGCCUGGUAUCUGCUGGGUCUACGCUGGACCCGAACGGGGUCCGAUUGACAGUCGGGGCGAUAUUCGAGUACAACACAACGUACGUGUGUCAAGAGGUCAUCUCCACAGAAUGUCUGUUACAAGGCCUUGGAGUACCAGCUUGUCAAAAGCAAGCAAUGGACAAGUACCGUCUGUGGUAUUGGCAGGAUUAUGAUCUGUCCAACUACCUGCAAGUUCCGCCAUCACGAGUACCACUGCUGGCCAUAGUCCUCCCGACGGUCCUUGGAGGCUUGGCUCUGGCGUUGGUGGUGUCCGGGGCGGCAGUGCUAUAUUGGCGGCGGCAACGGCGGAGAAAGCGGCAAAAAGGCGGCAAUGGCUGCCCCCCCGGAAGCUCCAGUUCCCACAACGGCUGUGUUUUGAAGGCCACCAACGGCCUGGUGACCCAUGGGUCACUGGACGAUCCCUUGCAAUGCGGGUCCACCGCGCAACAGGACGCCCAGCCCCGCUCGGCAUCGAUCCUACUGGACAACGGCCAGCCGGGAUCCUUGACGAUUGGGGUGUCGGGGGGAAGGAAAGGCGGCGGCGGCGGCGGCGCUGGUGGCGGACUCUACCCCAAAUGGAUCUGCCCAAAGCUGACGGAGAACGGCAGCAGCGUCGCCGCCACGGCCGCCGGCGUUGGCGCGGCUGGCAACGGUGUCCUCCCGUACACGAACGUGUCUUCCUUGCAGUCCGGAUCGGCGACGGGCGGCAUGAUGUACGGCAUAGGUGGCGGCAGCGGCAUGACGGCGGAGUCAGUUCUGUGCAAUCCUUUGUUGGGUCCGCCGCCGGGUAGCAAGGGCAGCGGCUGCAGCAGCGGACCCACCAUAGCGCUCAACAUGGUUCUGGGCGUGGACGUGUUUGCAUCCCGGGAUGCGGUUGUGGGGCGGGGCACGUUUGCCACGGUAUUGGAGGGCCACUUAGGGGGCCGGCCAGUGGCGGUCAAGUUAUUCCAUCGAGAUGCACUGGGGGGUACUGCGGAUGACGUCAAGAGCCUCAAACAGGAAAUCGCCAUUCUGGCCCGGUGUCAGCACCCCAAUGUGGUCGCGCUGCUCGGCGCGGGGAGCACCGCUGGGGGGGACGAGGUCUUCCUGGUGGAGGAGCUGAUGGUUUGCAACCUGUCCCGCGCGUGUCACGAGGGCGAGGGACUGCCACUGCAUCGAGUGAUGUCAGUGGCGAGAGAUGUGGCGGCGGGUCUUGCCUACCUACAUCCCACUGUUAUUCAUCGAGAUUUAAAACCCGGGAACGUGCUCCUAGACCAGUACGGCACUGCGAAGCUGACGGACUUUGGACUCAGUCGAUUAUGGGCGAGUACUGUACAUACGGCAAACCCGGAGGCGGGCACUGUACAGUACAUGGCCCCGGAGUGCUUCAGCGACAGCCUGUCCAUGGACCCAGCUCCCGGCAAGACCCCCAUCACCCAUUUGAGCGACAUCUACAGGGGCUUGACCACCAUUCAGGUGGCUCUGGCGGUUGGGUUCCAGCAGCAACGGCUCAAGAUACCGGACAACGACAACGAACGGUUUCAUCCCAAACUUCGGAAGCUUAUACUGCAAUGCUGGGACGCGGACCCACGUAAGCGCCCCGGUGCAGCCGAGAUUGCCAAACGGCUGUCAUUGCUGCUGCAGCACCUUGAAGCGCACGGAACACUUGACAAAGUAGCUCCGCAACCGCAACCGCUAUCCGCCAUAACGACCACAACCGCGAUGACCGCAACCGCCACGUCCUUGGCUUUCGCCGGUUUGGCGUACGACAAUUCGGCGUACGACAGUGAUGUGGCGCGGGUGGGGCUGGGUCCCGAGGGGGUGUUCCUGCGGGGGGUUGUUGGAGGGGGGGGGAAAUGGCGGGGGUUUGGUGUCGAGUAG